GGCCGGGGAUGAGGCGGCGGCGGGUCCGGGGGCGGCCGGGGCCGCCAAUGUGUCCAGAAUAAAGCAGCCCCCGGAGCACGGGAAAGGCUCCACCAUGGGGAGCUCGGACAUGGAGCGGAAGGCGUCCUACGAGGAUGUCUCUGGGGAGCCCGGGGGACUCGGGGGGGUGGUCAGCACCAUCUCCAGCAGCAGGAGCCCCCUGCAGCCCCCCGAGGACACCGAGGAGGAGCCCUUCACCACCUACUUCGACAGCAAGAUCCCAAUCCCCGAGGAUGAGACGGUGAGGGAGAAAAACCCCAUGGAAAAAUCUGCCUCAGGCACCUGAGUCAUUCCCAUGGGCACCACUUCCCUUUCCAGCCUGGACUGGGAAGGGUGGUCUGGAGAUGGGGAUUUGGAAGAGGAGGGGAUGGAGUUCUCCUGGACUAGGAAGGGGGACCUG